UGCUCCACCUUUGCCAGGCUACGGGGAUCCUUCGGAGGAAGCGCUACAUGCACAGAGGGUCGUGUCGCUCCUUUACCAUCUAUCAUCAAGCAACGGAGGAUGCUAUCCCGACUCUGCAGUCCCGGUGUGUCUCUCCUGUGUGGUCCACUCCUGUAGGCAACUCUGCUCCCCGCAAGAAAGUCUUCCAUCAACACCUCAUCACCAUACGGACUAUGCCUGUGCUACUGCUGCUGCUGUUGCUACUGCUCCCGUCACUGCUGCCACUGAUUCCACCUGUGCGGGCUCUGGUGGAGAGGCUAAUCUCUGCCGGGUAAAUCUCUCUAACUGCGGCCCCUUCCAAGAACGUCAACAGGACUCUUCUUUGGUUAAGUUUGCUGUCUUAAAUGCUCGCUCUGUUUCCAACAAAGCAUUUAUUCUGAAUGACCGUUUUACGUCCCACCAUCUAGACUUUCUGUUUAUCACCGAGUCUUGGCUCUCUGGUGAUGACAUCAUUGCACUUGGUGACCUUUGCCCUGCUCACUGUAGUUUUUUAAACUCACCUAGGGUCUCUGGUCGUGGUGGUGGUCUAAUUACAGUGUUUAAGAACAGUUUUAAAUGUAGAAUUGUACCAACUGAUCUGUUUUCUACUUUUGAACUACAAAUGUUUAAGAUCAAUGCAUCUGUACUUUGUGCCUUAGUCUACCGUCCACCAAAAAUUAAUUGUAAUUUCAUUCAAGAAUUUGCUGAACUUCUAUCUUUUAUGGCCUCUUGUGCUGAUAAGUUAUUAAUCUUGGGGGACUUUAACAUCCACAUAUGCUGCCCAUCUAAACCUUUGGUCAAUGAGUUUUUAGGCCUUGUGGACUCUUUUAAGCUUGUGCAGUCAGUUAUGGCCCCAACACAUCAGAAGGGUCACACACUAGACCUAGUGUUGUCCUCUGGUUUCUCAGUUUCCAAUGUUAAAAUAGUUGAUACUGGUGUGUCUGACCAUUUUAUGAUUUUAUUUGAAUCUUCACUGUUUUGUCCCCCCCCUCCACCCCCCUCAUCCUACUCCCUUGUCAGAGCUAUUAAAUCCACCACAGCCUCACAGUUCACUAAUACUUUUAUGCUCUCUCUUUCACCUGCUGUCUUAGAUUCUCUUUCCACCUGCACCGACACUGAGGAUCUACUUACUCUUUUUAAUACAUCUUGCCUUGCCACUCUUGAUUCUGUAGCUCCUUUAAAACAAAAGCGGUGUAAAUCCAAUAGGUCAACUACUCCUUGGCUAAAUUCCACUACCUGUUCGCUCAGAAAGGCUUGUAGGAAAGCAGAGCGAAAAUGGAAAAAAGAUAAACUACAGGUCUCCUAUGAUAUAUUUAGAGAUUCUCUUAAGGCUUAUCAAAUCACUGUCAAAGCAGCAAAGGCAGCUUUCUAUGCUGAGCUUAUUCACAAAAAUGCUCACAGACCAAAAGUGUUGUUUAACACAAUUAAUAAAAUCAUAAAUCCUCCUACUACAAUGUCCUCUCUUCCUGCUACAACAGAAACCUGUGAGAUGUUUCUCAAUUUCUUUAUUGACAAAAUUGACAACAUAAAGUCUCAUAUCACACCCUCAAUUUCUGAUCCUGCUUUGUAUCAGUCUGUAGUUUGCCGCCUCCAACAAUUCCAACCAGUCUCUUCCUCACAGUUGUGCUAUUUGCCCUUUUAUCUUGAGCAUCAUUAAUAGCUCCCUGGCUAAUGGAGUAGUACCCUCUGGCUUUAAACACGCUAUUGUGCAACCUCUCCUGAAAAAACCUUCCCUUGAUCCCAUUGAUUUGAAAAAUUAUAGGCCCAUUUCUAAACUGCCCUUUCUCUCUAAGAUCUUAGAAAAAGUUGUUCUGUCACAAGUCUCUUCCUAUUUAAACACCUCUAAUAUCCUUGACAAGUUUCAAUCUGGUUUUAGACCACUUCAUAGUACAGAGUCUGCCUUACUUAAGGUCCAUAAUGAUCUAUUGCUCUCUGUUGACUCUGGCUCUUGUGCCCUAUUGGUCCUGUUAGAUCUUAGUGCUGCUUUUGACACCAUUGACCACAAGAUCCUUUUAAAACGCCUAGGU